AUGGUGAGGGUUAAGCAUACAAUUGCUGCUUUUGCAGCUUACUUGGUCCCAGCUACUGCAGUCAUUUUCAAGCCUCAGAAUGAAUAUAAAGCUCUUUCUGCAGAGAACGCAUCCUUUGCCAUUAAUUUGCAACCAUGGUUCAAUAAUCGUGCUUUUGGGUUGAAUCCAAAUGAUUCAAGCUUCGAUGGCAGUGGAAAUUCAUACCCAGCAGCGCAAAUCCCACCCGAGGAGUUUACAUACGGUGGAUUCAACUAUCAUUUCUCGGCAUACAAUGCCACCGGAUUUGAUAAUAUCCUUGUCAAAGGGCAGACCAUUGAAGUGCCUCGAGCAAAGUAUUUUAGCUAUCAGAUGCUUGCAGCUUCCGAGUCUGGAAUGGCUUCUGGUUCAGUGACUGCCAAAUACGCCGAUGGCAGCUCCACAAGUGGGCCACUUUUAGUUCCAGCUUGGUGGAGUUGGCCGUAUCCUGCUGGAGGUGACCUAGUAUUCUCUUGCUACCUGACCGAGAACGAAACGAAUUACAAUAGAUCAAACAUCUUCCAGACUAUCAACUGGCUGGAUUCUUCUAAAGACCUCGUUUCCCUGACAUUCCCGAGCAGCUCAGAUGGGUCAUCAACAUCACCCGGAGGAGCAUCGGUUGACACGAAACUGCAUGUAUUUGCUCUUUCAAUGCUGCCAGUUACAAAGGUCAACCCAGGGACCAUAAAACUGGAGGUACAGUAUGCGCGCUCCACACAAAAAUGGAUGGAAGGAACCGACAAAAUUCAAAUCAUUGAGGCUGUAAUCAACAACGUUGGCUCUGAUUUCGUUCUUCGCAAGAACAGUGUUCAAGUGCACGUUGAGUCUCCAGGCCUGGAAACCGUGACAGAAGGCAUCAUCAAACGGCUCGGGCCGGGAGAUCAGGCCAUUGUGGAAAUCGGUGUUCGAAACCGCAAAGGAGCGAAACCAGGAGAUGUCGGCCCAGCGACAGUGGUAAUCAAAGGCCAGCAUGUAUCGUCUUCGAAAUAUACGUUCACUGCAACGUAUGGAAUCAGCCAAUAUGAAGCCACCUAUGAGUCCGUCUACAAUCAUGAAGCGCCGAAUUGGUAUAACAAUGCCAAGUAUGGUAUCUUUAUCCACUGGGGAGUAUACUCGGUACCUGGAUGGGGAAAUGUUGGUUCCAAAGAGGACUACGCUGAAUGGUACUGGUGGUGGUUAAACGAAGGUCCAAGCAAUCCAACGGAUGUGUAUGACUACCAUCUCGAGAAAUAUGGCAAGGAUGUUGUUUAUGAUGACUUUAUCCAAAAUUUCACUGCCAGUGCAUGGGAUCCAAAGGAGUGGGUAGACUUGUUCGCCGAUGCUGGAGCCAACUACUUUGUUCAGGUCAGCAAGCACCAUGAAGGAUAUGCUUUGUUUGAUCUCCCCGAGAAUGUGACGAAGAGGACUUCGGUCGCUUUGACGCCACAUCGUAAUCUCGUCCAGGAAUUGUUCGAUGCCUCGCAGAAGUAUCAGCCACACCUCCACCGUGCUGUUUACUACUCGUUGCCAGAAUGGUUCCAUCCUGACUACAAGAAAUAUGGAUUCUCAUCUUGGCCCGGAGGAAACGCAACAAACCCGUACACCAAUGAGACUCUACCCUACACAGGCUACGUUCCUCUCAACGACUAUGUUACCGACAAGAUCUUGCCAGAGAUGAACACCCUAGCCGACAUGGGUACGGAGAUUAUGUGGUGUGACAUCGGUGGUCCCAACCGUACAACCGAAUUUGCAAGCGCAUGGUUUAAUCGUGCCGCAGAGCAAAAUCAACAAGUGGUGAUGAAUGCCCGUUGUGGUCUCCCCGGCGAUUUUGAUACCCCGGAGUAUGCCCGUUACAAUGGUGUCCAAGUCCGCAAGUGGGAGAGUAAUCUGGGAAUGGACCCUUACAGCUAUGGCUAUAACCGAGCCACGCCCUUGGCCAGCUACAUGAAUGCCAGUACUAUUGUUACUAGUCUGAUUGAUAUCAUCAGCAAGAACGGCAACUUCCUGCUGGAUGUUGGUCCGACUGCUAACGGAACGAUUGUCGAUAUUGAACAACAGCAUCUUCGCCAAGCAGGCACUUGGAUCAAGAGUCAUGCAGAAGCUAUUUUCAAUACGACCUACUGGUUUGUGACGCCCGAAGAGGGGGAUAAUAUUCGUUUCACCGUCUCGCAGGAUGCUUUCUACAUCCAUUCCCUCGCGGAACCCAACAGUACUCUGACUUUAUCAAGUCCCAUUCCAUGGGUCAAUGGCGAUCAAGUGACGGUAGUGGGAGGGAAGAUGGAUGGUACUGUUGUGCCAGUCCGGAAAUUGAGCAAUGGCUCCAUCGCUUUAUCCAUGAGCAAAGAAGUCUCGGCUGGAGAUCAAUUCGCCUGGGUGUUCAAGAUUCCUUAUUAA